GUAUUUACUGUCGAAGUUUUGCCUGAGGUGCCACAGGCGGUGAUGCCCCGUGAUGGUUGAUGGUUAAGCCAGAUGUGCCAGUGCCACACACUAAAUGGUGUGUGUGUGUGUGUGUGUGUGUGUGUGUGUGUGUGUGUGUGUGUGUGUGUGUGUGUGUGUGUGUGUGUGUGUGUGUGUGUGUGUGUGUGUGUGUGUGUGUGUGUGUGUGUGUGUGUGUGUGUGUGUGUGUGUGUGUGUGUGUGUGUGUGUGUGUGUGUGUGUGUGUGUGUGUGUGUGUGUGUCUGACCUCUGCGGCAUCAAUUCCACUUUUCCAUUACAGACUCUGGACUUUCUGCAGGAGGCUUUUGAAUGGUCUGCAUUUUUCACCCGUUACAAUGGGCUGCAGAAAAUAUGUUUGAUGGCUGACGCAUCAGCAGCUCGGCCCACAAGCAGUUUCAGAAUGAAGCAUUUUCCAAACCAGCGACUUAAAAAUAGACUCGCAGGACAUCCGGGGAAGACUCGACCUGUUUGUGUCUGUCUUUUCUGUGUUUUCUAGGGUGAUGUGUGUGAGCAUUUUAUUCAUAAUAGUUUCCCACUCAUCCAUUCAUUAUCUAUACUACUUAUUUGUUGAGGAGGGGAGCUGCAGCCAACCCCAGCUGAUACUGGGUGAGAAGCGGGGUGCACCCUGGACAGGUCGCCUCAUCAUCCAGAGACAACCCCCACACCAAUGCUCAACGUACAGGCUCCGUUUGACUUCAAUCUGUGUAUUUUUGGACUGUGGGAGGAAGCUGGAUAAAUAAUUUCCCUCUUCUUUACAUGUCUUUAAAUAGUACCGUGAUAUUUUUACAUGACUGUCCAGUGCAUUGUAAAAGUCUGUCUCAGAUGUGGCCUGGUUGCUGUUAGUUGACCUCUGGGGCCACGUUACGUUUGAGUCCCUUUCCAUGCAUUCAAAUAUUAAAGUCCUGAAGUGAAAUGGAAUAAUUUUUUUUUGCAGAAAACCAGCUUUUUAAUUCAGAGCAUCUGGCCGAGCGCUGGAACUCACUGUGAUAACUUCACGGUGUUCAGUCUGCAGAGUUGCAAUAAAAGUUCCCCCCGGAAACUUAAGGAGGACGAUAUUAUGAAAUGGAGGUCUCACCACGUCACAAGCCCGAAACCUCAAAACUCAGCCAAAGAAUAGAAAGAUAGAAAGACAUGUUAAACUCUACUGUCAGAUCUCUGAUAAGGAUGAAACUCUCUGAUUGAGAUACCAUCAGCGCGUCUCGGCUGAAUGAGAGUCGUUGUUUUGUUUUUUUUGCCGGCAGUCGGCAGCCCCAGUGAUACACAUGCGUGCCAUCAUCUUAAUGAACAUAUCCACCCACCCUCCCUCAGCCCCGUCACUCCUCCUCCUCUCUUCUUUUUCCUUCUCCUCUCUUCCCCUCUCCUCCCGCUCCCCUUUCUUCUCUGGCCAGUGGAAAUGUGCGUGUGUGCAGAUCUCGAGUGCAGCCUGUAAUUUCUGGCUGUGGUGGAGGGCCUCGGCUCAGCCUCGGGCUCCGGGGUUUGCUGCUCAGCCUCAAUCACGUCACGUGAAAAACUGCUGAGUUGAUAUGUGAUAGCAGCAGCAGCAGCAGCAGCAGCAGCAGCAGCAUCAUGCCGUACGUGGACCGGCUGAACCGUGUGUGUGGUUUCCUGGACAUCGAGGAGAAGGAGAACAGCUGCCGCUUCCAGAGACGAUACUUCAUCCUCGACACGCAGGGAAAUGCUCUGCUGUGGUAUAUGGACAAUCCUCAGAACCUGCCGAGCGGAGCCAGCUUUGUCGGCAGCCUGAAGCUAACCUACAUCUCUAAGGUGAAUGAAGCCACGGCGAAGCAAAAGCCCAAGACAGAGUUCUGCUUUGUCAUCAAUGCAGUCUCGCGGCGUUACUUCCUCCAAGGAAACGAUGUGACUGACAUGAGGGACUGGGUGGCUGCUCUCAACAAGGCCAGCAAGAUCACUGUUCCUAAAUCUGGCCCUGCACCUCCGAGGUCCGAUGUGACGACAGUGAUCGGCGACACUCAGGGAGGGAAGAGGCAGCAGGCCUACAAGACUGAGAUCAUCGGGGGGGUGGUGGUGCACACUGCCAUCCAGAAUGAGAGUGAAGAGACGGAAGGCAGAGAGAGGAAGGGCAGCAGGCUGGGCGUGCUGCGAUGUGGUUACUGUGUGAAACAGGGAAAUGUGCGGAAGAGCUGGAAGAGGCGUUUUUUCACCCUGGAUGACAUCACAGUCAGUUACUUCAAGUCUGAAGUGGAUAAGGAGCCUCUCCGAGCCAUUCCACUCAGGGACAUCCAGAGGGUCCACGAAUGUCUUGUCAAGUCCGGGGAUCUCCUGCUGAGAGACAACCUGUUCGAAAUCAUCACCAGCUCCAGAACCUUCUACAUUCAGACAGACUCUCCAGAUGAGAUGCACAGUUGGAUCAGGGACAUUGAGUUGAAGAUUCAGGAGUUCCGAGGUCCCCCGAAGGGUUUUUCAUUCAAACGUGCCUCUUCUCUGUACCGGAGUCACAACUCCUCUGCGUCUCGUGGUCAUUCGAGUGAUUUAAUCAGACCCUCCCUGGUCAAGUCCUGCUCUGUGGCGCCGGGCUGGCAGCCUUGGACCCCUGUCCCACCCUGUGAGCCCUCCAUCAUGGACGCAGAGGACGAGGACAGCCCUUUCAUCUCCCUCCCAAACUUGCCCUCUCUCUCCUCCUCCUCCACCUCUUCUUCCACCUCCUCCUCCUCCAACUCCCUCUCUACCCCUUGCCCCAGCGCGAAUCCCGGGCCUGCCGCCGGCGGACUGGGGAUCCUCGCGGCGUCAGGAGACGCGGCGAGCGAGCGCCGGAGGCACCGCUCUCAGCCUCAGCCUCACACCGGCUGCAGCUUCCCCUUCAGCCUCGAUGACGACGGCAUCCGCACCACAGACGUCUAAGUCCCUGGGUACUCAUGUGUUGACCCGAGCGUUGACACCUGUUUGGAAAUGAAUGUGACUGUUAAUAAUAGUAUUCCCUGCUAAUGAAGUGACACUGUGACUGAGAUUGGGGGCCCCCUGCUGGUCUCCUAGGUGCUUUGCAGAUGAAGGAUCACCCAGCAGACCAGCGGCACAGUGUUGGUUGAUCACAGGACUGUGAAAAGGUACGAUGGAGUGGUUUUAGUGCAACGUCCUCUCAAAACUUGAAUAGUCUUGUUAGAUGUUCUUACAUACUUUAACAUUUUGGCACAUGCACAAAAGAAGGUACAUUUUGUCACCCCCUCACCAGACUUCCACAUAUUAGUGGAUAUAUUAGUGUCCAUGUGUUUAAUAUUCAUACUUAAUUUCACAAAAUACCCCAAUUCAUUUUGUUUUCCAGUUAGGCUGAGCAGUGCAUCCCCUUGUUCCUCCAGACACAAGAAUUGGGUUAAAUAAACCUCACCUCAAACGUACUUCCAUUAAUGAUUAACAAGCAUUUAUUAGUACAAUCUAAUCAGGUGUCUGGGGGAAAGUAUCGUGUCUCGUAUAAAAAAACGGUACGUGCACUCACAUGCCAACUGACUAGUGCUUUCAUCUGCACAGGCAGAGACGAAGGAGUCCGCAGCAGCUUUUAUGUGUUUGCACUAUGUUUUAGAUCAUCUUUUUAAUAGGUGGCUUCAUGAUCAACCGUCAGUAAACUGUGACUCGUGUCUUUGUGUUUAACGUGGUACCGUAACAACACAGCCGUGUGUCAGUGGUACUCGUCGUAGAAUGUACUUCCACUAUCAAAGUACAGCUGAUCAGGUGGUUGUCAGCUUUGUAAAUGUGAUUUUUUUUUUUUUUUUUUUUUUUUUUACUGCAGCAUUACAUGGGAAAAUGUGCCACUACUUUUUGGUAAUUUAAUUGAUAUUCCGCACUUUUCUUUUUCUCAUUUUUACUUGUUUUUUUAAUUCCUUUUUUGACACAGCUUUUCACAGCAGAUUUAUCAGCUUCCUCUGAGAUGAUGCCUCAGAUGUUUUGUGUUGUUACAUAUUCAGCCUCAAACACUCACAGGUUCACCCCAAGACUUAAUCCAUGUGGUUCCAUGUUCCACGCCUGUUUCUGUUUUCUGAAGCUGUGUGCACUUGUCUGCCUGCGUACAUUGUUAAUUCUCCAACAUGUACAUUAAAUGAUGCUUUUUAAUUUGUC